AGGACUCGGAUAGACAAAGUCAACGCUGAGCUCGUCACACUCACUUACGGAACGAUCGUUGCGCAACUGUGCAAGGACUACGACACCGAUUAUGCCGAGGUCAACAAGCAGUUGGACAAGAUGGGGUACAAUAUUGGCCUCCGUCUCAUUGAGGACUACCUGGCCAAAUCGAACACGAUGAAGAGAUGUUCAAACUUCCGCGAGACGGCGGACAUGAUUGCGAGGGUCGGCUUUAAAAUUUUCCUGAAUAUCACGCCGCAGGUGACGAAUUGGACAACGGACAACAAGCAAUUCUCGCUUGUUUUUGACGAGAAUCCUCUGGCGGAUUUCGUCGAGCUGCCCGACGACGAGCGAGCUCAGGAUGAGCUGUGGUACUCCAAUAUUUUCUGCGGCGUGCUGCGAGGAGCACUGGAGAUGGUGCAGAUGCAAGUAGAGGCGCAUUUCAUCAGCGACGUGCUACGGGGUCAUGAUACGACGGAAAUGAGGGUGUCAUUAGUGCGGUACAUUGACGACGAACUACCGCCGGAAGACGAUUGA